AUGAUGAAAUUUUUUAUAGUAUCAAUUCUAUUCACAACAUUACUCUCAUGCUAAGUUUAUUAUAACAGUGACAUCCGAUUUGAUUUCAGCAAUGCAUAAGCCAAUAAUUUGGCAUAUGGAAAUGAUGGGAAAUCCUUAUUCAUCACCUUAUGUGGACUCUUAAAUUAUAAAUGCGAGAAGUCUAAAUCCACUAGAAUUUUAGAAGAAACUAAAUCUGAUUCAUCUAAUACACCCACUACUAAUACUGAAACUACAAAUACAAAUACAUCUACAAAUGAAAACAAAACAAAUACAGACACAGUAAUUGAUAAAAAUUAAGAUGGCAAUAUUGACAAGAGUGAUACUACGACUUCAACAGAUACAAACACUCCAGCAAUAGAUGAUUAAAAAAGUGAAUCUUAAGUCAUCGAAAAUAAAACAAAUGAUGAAAAAAAUGAUAAGGAUGAUGAUGCAAAUGAACUUAAAUAUGUAAACAAUGAUAAAACAUAAUCGCUUAUUGUUGCCUAAAAGAACACAUGUACUCCUUAUUCUGAAUAAAGCAAUGUAGAUCCAAAUCAAUUAACCUUAUUGGUCGAAAAUAAACCAUUUCAAGGAUUAGUUAUUGAAAGAAGAGGAAUCGUAGAAAAGGAGACUUUUAAAUUAAAAUUGAAAUGUUCUGAAUCAGAUGUAAUGACAAUAGAAGACACUGAUAAAGAUGGAUAUCUAUUCAUCUUAACAACAUCAUCUGCUUGUCCAAUCUUAGUUUAUAAUCCUAUUACUUAAUUCUUUAUGGAUUUUAAAUUGCUAUUCGUCGUAAUUCUUUGGGUGGUUGGAAUAUUCUUACUACUUUUAGGAUACUAAUUAGCGUAAUUGUCAUCUAUGAUACUUGCUGUUCUAAUGGGUUUUGGAUUCACAACCAUUGUCAUAGGAGAAGCCACAUUAAAUAGCGACUCUAGUUAUGCAGCUACCUGGGUAGUAGUAGGAUCAGGAGUAUUAGUAGCUUUCAUAUAUUUCAAUGCUUCUAUGUAAAGAUUCUUUUUCCUUCUAUUUAAUUUUGGAUUCAGUGUUGGAGUAAUUUUAUCUUUGAUGAUUCAAUCCUUGUUUUACUAUUCAAUAGAAACAGAUUUGAUGUUCUUCCCUUUAACAAUCUCCAUUAUUGUUUCUGGAGGUAUUUUAGGGUUGCUUGGUCUCAGAUAUAAUCUCUAGAUGGGAAUUGUAUCUACUUCAUUAGUUGGUGCUUAUUGCUUAAUAAGACCUAUUGGUUUUCUUGCAGGAGGUUACCCAAACGAAUUGUUGUUAACUAAAAAGGCUGAGUAUGGAUUUGAUAUCGAUAUUGAAUAUUCAGUUUAUGCCUAUAAUGCUGUGAUUAUCCUAGUGGCCAUAUUUUUUGGAAUCUUUUAAAGAAGAUAACAUCUAAAAAGAGUGGCUCUUGACGAUCAAUUAUAGGCUGAUAUCAGAUAUUACGAAAUGGGUAAUGUAGAAGAUGAAGAAAAAUAAAAAAGAUAAAGUAAAAAUAGUGAUAAGAAUGUGACUGUCAUUUUUGCUAAACAUCUUGAAAAUUAAGGUGAAGAACUUUAAGAUAAAAAAAGACACUCUCAUUUAACUGGUAGUGAUAUCAAUGAUUGA